CCCAAAUCGCAAUCUUGAUUUCUUGCCCUAGAAUUAAAGUUUCGAAAAUUUCCAAGAAAAUCGCCAAUAUUUGCAAGGUAAUGAACGCUUCGUCAAAGCCCCUUCAGCUGGUCCACUUACCUUCUUCAACGCGGCUCCGGAUAAAUAUUUCUACAGAGCGGCGAUCAGCUCUGAUUGCCGCGGUGGCUUGUAUUUUGGUGAUCGGCAAUGUGCCGCAGAAAACCCUAGCUUCCAAUUCGCCGUCGGCCUUUGUCGAAAAUGUUAUUUAUUCUAAUAAAAUUACCAUUUUUUCCAAAUCAUAUUGCCCAUAUUCCUUGCAAGCCAAGCGCGUAUUUAGUGAACUCGAGGAGCAGCCCUAUGUCGUGGAGCUUGAUCUUCGGGAUGAUGGAUAUAAGAUUCAGGACGUUCUCCUGGAAUUGGUUGGGCGAAGAACUGUCCCACAAGUGUUUGUAAAUGGGAAGCAUAUUGGCGGUUCUGAUGAUCUGCAAGCUGCUGUCAAAAGUGGUCAGCUGCAGAACCUUCUCAGUAAAGCUUGAUGCAAUUCGUAUACUAAGAGACGUCUGUUAACAUGGUCGUUGUAGCCAUUCAGGUCAAUUUGGCCAUCAUCUCUAUCAUCACAUUCAUGACUUUAUUAGAAGGAUUUAUUCGUGUUUUGGCAAAGCCUUCAUCACAUCUUUAGCUGAUUUGUUUGUAUCGGCGUCUUAAUUCCUUCACUGUUUAGUAAUCGUGGAUUCGUGGUGUUAACAAAAACGGAUUUUCUCCCUUCCCGGAUAGGUGAAUGAGUUAUCCUUUUUUCGGCUAUGCAUCUACUAACGAGGCCUGCUUGUUUAUCGCCAUGUUUUUCUAGGAAAAUCUCGUCUCCGUAUGUUGGAACUCUACUCAGGGGCAUCUCCGGCCUUGAUCAAGUGAUCAUGAUGGCACUGGCACUUCCCCGAGUUUGAUCUCAUCAUGAUUUCUUCAAAAAUAAGAUUUUGAUAUAAUUGUGCUUCAA